AUGCCGAAGCGCGCGGCUCCUGCCCUCGACAGACAGCUACCCUCGAUGGUCGUGCACGGACGCUACUUACGGCAGCCCGACAAGGGCUCGUACGUGAGGCCGGCGGUCCCGAGCGGCGAAGCCGUGUCGGUGAGCGAGACUGGCUUCGACGCCGGCGGCCUUCUUGACUGGAGCGUCACUCGCGUCGCCGCCGGCAGGCUGAGCCGGCAGGACGUGAAGGACCGCGCGCUGCUGAUGAUCUCCGGCGAGACCAUCGCACGGCUGAAGGCGGACGCCGCCAGCCUCCCGUUGCGACAGCCGCUCGAGCAGAGCAGUCUCCGAGGCGGCAACUUUGCGGAGAACAUCUUUGUGAGCGCGGCGGCCGGCGCCGACUCGCCCUGUCCCGACUCGCUCUGCGUGGGCGACGUGCUCGCCGUCGUCGCGCCGCGCGGCAGCAAGCGCCGCUGCGCGUCGAGUGCCGCAGCCGAGUCGCCAACCCUGCGGCUGCAGGUGAGCUCGCCUCGCCGGCCGUGCUCCAAGAUCGACGCGCGCUUCGGGCGCACGUGGAACGGCGGCGGGGUCCGAGCUUUGUGCGCGCGGACCGGUCUGUCGGGCUGGUUCGUGCGCGUGCUCGCUCCGGGAGAGCUGCGCGACGGCGACGGGCUUGGAGCCACGCGCCUGCCGUCGGCCUGCGGACGGCGUCUCUUCACGGUGCUGAGCCGGUGGCAAGGGACACUCGGCGAGCUGCGAGAGCUCGCGGGCAUGCCGGAGCUCGCUCGGUACGAAUAUCGUCGCGAGCUCGAGCGGCUGUCCGCCGCUGUCGACGAGGAGCCGCGGCGGUCGUGCGCUGUGAUGUAA